AUGCCCGUGCCGAAAUUAAACCUAUCAAUUUUUUCAAGCUCCAGCAGCACGAGCCGCCUAUGUUCUACAAAGGAGCAGCGGGACGAAUCCGCACCGCCAUCUCCUCAAACAGCGUCUCCAGAUAGGGCGUCUGGUUCUGCACAGGAUAUACCUUCGAUCCAGCUGUCAGAAUGCGAAGACCUGCCGAUUAUGCCGACGGCGUCCUCACAGAGCGUCCAGUCAUGCAGAGGUGACGAUUCGAGGGGAACGCCUGAAUCAGUAUGUGGGAUACGCCGUUCUCAUACUAUUACAGCACUGCCGCGCCGCUAUGAGACGCCGAGCCGAUUUUCCAAACCGGGUAAUCCCAUUGACGGCACCGAGCUCUCUGACGAAAGGGACAUUUACGAGUAUUUUCAGCAGUUCAUCAAGCAGUACAAUCCAAGCGACGUACUAGUGUACGGACGUACCCGCAGAGAGGCUGUUCAGCAGUACGGCCAUCUCCGUCACUUCUGGCUCAUAGAGCUGUGGAUGAACGUUGGCUACCGCUGCUUGUUGAAGACGAACACAUACGCCAGCCCAGAGGCUCGAUCACUGGCAGAUAAGCCCGGAGCACACCUGAUGCACAUCACUGGCCUUAACUCCAAUCAGAACGCUUGGAUCAUUGCGAGCGACUAUCCCACUGCCACGGUCCAUGCCUACAGAAACAAAAAUCUAUGGCCCAGGCACGUACAACACCCGCAGCAAUUCAGCGGCCCUGAAAACUUCACUUGUAUGGAGAGGGAAUCCUACUUACCUUUCCCGCACGCGGAUAACACAUUCGAUGUCAUUAAUUCGCGCUCGUUGGGAUACCUUAUCGCUCCCGAAGAUCUCGACACUUUGUUUGCAGAGCUUUACCGGAUAACCAAGCCUGGAGGCGCUGUGGAACUAUUUUCUCGGCUGCGAGAUCUUUCCACGUUGCACUGCUUUGGGCUGUCUACGGAAGACUUUGUGGAAUACGAGGCCAAGUGGAAGGCGGCAGUUCGACGCUCGCCUUUCCAAAGUGUCAAAAGAGCCCGAAUCGCUCUUCCGCAGUGCUGGGGAAGUGACAUUUGCUAUGUUUCGGAGCUGAUCCUCCUGUAUUAUCGCAUUUUGAAUAUGCAACUUCGCCAAACCCCGCCGGGAUCUUGCCCAGACACGGUGCUGGAAGAACUCGUCAAGCUCGAGAAACCUACAGAAAACAUUACAGAGCCUGUUACGGUUGAUCUAUAUAUAUUACAGAAACUUUAG